AUGAUCGCUGCGGCGUUUCUGGUCCUGCUUAGGCCGUACAGCAUCCAGUGCGUGCUGCUUUUGUUGCUGCUUUUGCUCGGGACUAUUGCGACGAUUUUGUUUUUCUGCUGCUGGCAUCGCAGGCUUCGUAAUGGAAAGCAUCCAAUAAAAUCUGUCCUCUCCGGCGGCCGCUCCAGGAGCCGCGUCGGUCUGCGAACUCAUCACUUUCGAUCAGAGGGUUUUAGGCACAGUCCACGUCACUUAAGGAGGAGCAUACAUGCUCGUGUGAUAGAGGAAAAGCCCAAUCUGGUUGAGGUUCCUGAGAGUGAACCCGACUCGUCAUCGACGCUUAGAAAACGCAAAGUGAAGAAGAGAGUCCUGCCAGAGUUUUACCAGUCUGUGCAAGUCACUCCUACUCGUAAGGCUAGCUCCAGCUCGGGGAACCCUUCCCUGCACUGCUCUAUGUCUUCCUCGGCGGAUAUCUCGGACGAGGAUGAUUACAGUGUUAAAUCCGGGUCGGCAUCCCCGGCGCCCGGCGACACUUUACCCUGGAACCUGCCAAGACAUGAGCGGUCCAAAAGGAAGAUCCAGGGAGGAUCCGUGCUGGAUCCGGCGGAGAGAGCUGUGCUCAGGAUCGCA